AUGCAGUUGGUUACCUCCAUUCUCCGUGCUUUCCAGCUCCUCUUCGCCAUCAUCGUCCUCGGCCUCUCCGUCAAUCUCGCCAAGGGCCAAGUACGAGGCUCGGCGCCCGCAGAGACCGGCUACGCUGCAUUCACCGGCGGCUUUGGAAUCGUCGCAGCCUUUGUCGGCAUCGUCGCUUUGUUCGUUGAUUCCCUAAGCGGUAUUAUCUCGGGUGCCCUUGACGCCGUUGCUAGUAUUGCCUUUCUCGCUGGUGGAAUCGCCUACGCCGUCGUCCUCAAGGGAACCAGCUGCGAUAAAUUACGCAGCAUUUGGGACAACAAAAUCCUCAGUCAGGGAUGUUACGAGGAGGAUGACUUUAAGAUUUGCAACGCUGGGGUUGAUAAAGUGAAGAGUCGGUGUCACUCGGCCAAGGCGGAUACGGCAUUUAUGUUCCUCAACUUUUUUGUUUGCGUCGCUGUUUGUGGUUGGGUUUUGUUUAAGAGGAGAGGAUCUACUGGCGCCAGUUACGCUUAA